AUGGACAUGCACAACGUGCCAAUAUUCAUACCAACACAGAACUCAACCCAGUUCUCUGACUGUUCUACAGAUUACCUAUCAGUAGAAACACGUGUAUAUCCGGAUGGAUUUUUUUUAUAG